GCUGCUGCUCUCCAGCCUCAGCAGGGGCGCCGGCCUGAGGCGGGGCACUUGUCCCUGCUGCCGCCCCCCAGCGCCUCCCGGGGGCUUCUGGCGAGGCAGGGCCUCGGCGUGGGGCAGCCGGAGGGGCCUUGCCCGCAGCGGCCUGGCCUGGCCUGGCUUACCUCACCUCACACCUUGGCCGCCGCCUAGGGAAGAUGUGUGUGAGGCGGUGGCCCCGGGUUGCUGCGGGCGGAGGGUGCUGAGGCUGGGUGCCCGUUCAUUGUUACUGUGUAAGCCAGGCUCCCUGAAGGAAAAGGGUGACAAACCUGGGCCAAAGAACUGAAAAUGUCAUCCGGUUUGGCUCAGGAGGUUCACCUUGCUAGGAGACAUGGAGAGAUACUGUCUCAGAGAUCAGAACUGCUACAGCAGAUGGAGACUUAUCUAGGAGACAAAAAGACUAAAAAGACAUGGCAAACUCAAGCAGCUGAUGCAGCUCAUAAAAGGAAUGCAGCACUUUUAAAUGAUAUAGAAGCAGCAGAAAAAAAGCUGCAAGAAAGAGUGUAUUUGCUUCCAGAUCCUGAUACUCUUAAGUUAGAACUCGAAGAAAGUGAGCCAGAGCCUAUUCUAGUUUGCCUGUCAACAGGAAUGGUAACUAACGGCGUGAUCCCAGCCAGGCUUUAUGCCCCAAAAACACUGCCUGCCUGUAAGGAGUGGAGAGAGACAUCAUUGGUGGAAUCUAGUUCCUGGUGUGAGACCCGUCUGGCCCAGGAGGCGGUUGAGGAGUUGGCAGAAUGCACAUCAUGUCCAAAGUCAACCCGACUGGGUGGCAAGAGGUUGCUGUGCUCGGGAGUGAAGGACAUCAACUCUUCUGCUCCUCUCUGAAAUGACUGAACCCUGGGCUAACAGAAGUAAUUUCUGGUUUGAAUUGGCUGGUGGGAUGGAGUGACUGCAAAACCUCUCAGAAAACCCCUGGUGGCAGGUAAGUGUUGGGCAAGGCUGAUGACCAUGUAACAACAGGGCUGUACCAGAGGGGACCAUCAAUGAGAUGUCCAGAGGCAAAUCAUAGGAUGUAGCGUGCAGAUAGCAGUGGAAGCUGUGGAGGUGACAGCAGAAAUGCCCUUGUACCUGGGGAACAGACCGUGUGGUCCCAUCCUGACCUUGGGGAGUAAAUGAGAAAACCAUCUUCUUAAUUAA